AUGAACUCUGUAUCCAGCUUCCCCUUCUUGGACUCCGUGGUGUAUGCAAUAUCAUCUUCAAUUUGCAUUACCUAUAGUGCAUCUAAGAGAUUAACCAAGAAGACAAUAUAUUCCAAACAAGUUAUUCUCUUAGCAACUGAUCCUUAUGACAAUACAACACAAGUUGAAAGCCCUUUAAGAAGCUGUCAGGUGCCUCUGGAUCCAGCAGUUGUGCUGAUCGCUAUUAUGCCCCACACAUUCAGCUGGAGGCGGGGUAUUCGGCACCCCGCUCAACCCCAGAGGAUGAUUGUGCUGCCUGCAGAGGAUGCCAUUUCAGGCCUCUGCUCUACGCACAACCUCACUCUCUUCACCACAGCCGCUGGAGACCUCUUCCUUGGACGGUACAAGGGGGAGGAGGGUGGUGAGGAGGGGGACGGGGAGAGCACGACCAAGGGAGAGUGGAGAAAGCAGCAUCGACGGCGGAUCCGCGUGCGUAGAAUAGCUGUUGGAAGUGGAGCAAGACAGGGCAAGAGGGAGCAGGCAGGAUUGAGGAGAGAAGCAGAAGAGAAACUGAUUGAAGAAAAUGAAAAAGAUGGAAGCAAAGGGGAGCAAAAGGAGCAAGAAGAACAGGAAGAGCAGGAGGAACACCUCAUGCUGCUCACCUCAAGAGGGGAAGUUUGGCUCCAAGGGAAAGGACCAGCCAUUGGGAUCUUACCAAAAGGAGUAAAGACCGGACAAAAAGGAAGAGAGAUUGGGAAGGAAAGCGAAAAAAAGGUGAAUGAAAAAGACAGUGAAGGUGUUACCGUUAAAGAAGAAAUCAGAAAAAAUGAAAAAGAAGGGGGAGGGGAAGAUGACCUCGUUACACGUCGCCUGGAUUACCUACUGGGACGCCAGGUCAUCGGCGUGGCGGCUGGCAGAGGUUUCUCGCUCGCCCUUGUGGACCCCUUGGACCCGCCGGACCCCUCCGAAGGGACCCCGCUCGCGGACCACCCCCAGGCGCUGGCGGGUGGGAGGUCGCCGUGUAGGCUGUGCAGCCCGGGCACGGCGAUGCCGGAGGGCUCAGACAACGAUGGGGACGGCGAGGGCGGUGCGAGGGAUAGGUGUCCCCUUGGGCUUUCCUUGUCGCCCAAAAAAGAGAGGGAGCCCGGAAGCGAUGCGAGGAACGACGCCACAGGCCCCGAGAGAAGAAAGAAUUACAGCGAAGGGAGCGAGUUUGAGAUCGUGGAAUGCGACGACGUAGACGGGGAUGGAGCAGGGGGAAGAGAAUUGAACAAAGAAAUUAAAACAAAACAAGAAAAGGAGGGAGAUGGAAGCGGAAGAAUAGCGAAAGAGGAAAAAGGGGGAGGCGGGGCAACAGCGACGGCCGCUGCCAACAGCCUCUUCAUCAACGCAGACGCGGCGCGACAGUUCAUCUCAAGGAAGUAUGCUGACGCGGCCACGGAGCUCAUUCGCGAGAACGUGGCGAGCGCGGCGACGCUGGUGGUGUCGGGCGUGCGCACAGUGGGUCAUAAGGUGGGCCACAGGGUGGGCCGCCUGUCACGCCAUUUCUCGGGCACCAGUGCAGAGGGCGUGGUCGAAGGGCAAGAGGAAAAUGACGAUGACCCGCCGGAAGAACUCGCGCCGUCCGAAGAGGCGCUGGCGCUCACCACGCUGGCUCCGGCGGUGGAGGCGCUGGAUGGCCAGCCCUGCAGCCGGAACAGCGUCCAGCGGCACACAGAGCCUUCCUCGGAGGCUGCGGGACCGGGGGAUGGAGAGGGCGCGCGGCGCUCACGUGCGCACCGCUUCCGCGGGGGGCGCCUUCCUUUCCUGAGGGGGCGGACCGCGGGGAGGGCGCGCACGCCCACGCCCGAGGAAGUCGUGGCAGAGGGCAAGCGCGCCCUCGGCACGGAGGUAUGGGCCUGGGGCAGCUCAUACAAAGGGCAGCUGGGUACUGGCGACCUGCGUGCCCUGCGACCCACGCCGACAUGCCUCUACACCCUGAACCACCUGGGCGUGGCACAAGUGGUGUGCGGCGACGCCCACUCCGCUGCCAGGACGCUUGACGGCCAGGUCUACGUUUGGGGCGACACUUCCUCCGACCAGCUGGGCCCUCCUCCUCCGCCUCCUCUUCCUCUUUCUUUUCCUUCUCCUUCACUUCUUCGUCGAACUUCUCCAUAUCCUUCCCCCUCUUCCAACCGUCGCUCUUCUCCAGUUUCUUCAUCUUCUUCCAAUUCUUCUGUUACUUCCUCUUUUUGCUCUUUAUCUCCUCAUUCGCAAGGGAUUAAAUAUCCCCAACGCCUUCGAUUACCCUCCGAAGAGGAAGAAGAGGAAGACGAGGAAGUUGAGGAAGAUAACUUAGUGGAAGCGGAAGAAGAAGACAAAGAGGAAAAGGAAAGUGAGAGAACUGGAGAAGAGAGGCGAAAAGACGAAAGAGACAAAGCGAAGAAAUGUAUUAAACAAGACGAAGGGAGAAAACAAGAAAGAAAAAGAAGAAGAAAAAGAGAAAUACGGAGAGGGGAAGAGCUCGCAGUGGACAUCGCAGCCGGGAGGGACUUCCUGCUCAUCGCCACGAUCUCCGGAAGGCUCCUCUACGUCGGCGCCCUCAGGCAGGACGGACCUUCUGUCAUCCGCCAGAUCCCUGUCGGCUGCUCAACGACGAAGAUAACGUCCGUUCUGGCGCAUGGAGACAGCGUCGUGUGUGGCGCCGGCGAUGCACACCCGCAGGUGGUCGAGUUCCUGGUGUCCGAGUCCCGCUAUCUGGCGCUCAUCAAGUUCUGCCACUUGAACCUCCUCAAGGCCUUUGUGCCACUCUCGCCUGCAGGCGAAACGAAACACGUCCAGGACGCGCGGAGGGUGCUCUCCCUUGCCUUUGAAGACCUUGUCUUUUCUGUGGCUGCAUCCCUUAGAGUGUCCUUGUCGGCAUUGUCCUCGGCCGCCUCAUCUGCAUCCUCUGUGCGUCCCCAUUUAUUGGGCAUUGUUACCCAGGUGGAAGCAGUGAGGGCUGUCUAUCGACGCUAUGUGAGUGCAGUGUGCGACGCCCUCGCCCUCGGCUGCCUGCCUCUAGGAGGAGGAGCUGGAAGUGGAGGAAAAGGAGCUGGGGGAGGGGGGGCAGGAGCAAGUAGUGCUGCCCAGGGCGCCGCAAUCGCCCUGCUGGAGGCAUGCCGCAGCGGAACAGUGUCGCUUGAAGAAGCAGUGUGGAGGCGAUGGGAGGAAAGGGCAGCCUGUCAAGUUGCUGGAUCUGCUUCCUCCUCUGCAUCGUCUUACUUCUCUUCCAGCGUACCCUCUGUCUCAUCAUCAUCCUUGUCGUCAGUUUGGAAUUCUUCUUCCCUCUCAUCUUCCACUAUAUCCUCUUCCAGUUCCCCCAAUGCAUCCUUUUCACUUGGCUCAGAAGUGACCAGAUACAUUUUGGUGACAAGGCCCCUAGAGCGGAUCCGCUAUUAUGAGACAUUUCUCAAGGAACUUUUGAGGAAUGAUGAGGAGGGAGGAAGAAGAGGAGGAGCGGGAGAACGAGACCACAUUAAUUUUGCUUAUUCGCACUGGAGACUCACGGCAAAUUAUGCACACAAGAUGCAGAUUGAGGCUGAGGUGACACGAUCAUUCUGGGACUCGAAUGCAAGUCUGGCAGCGCGGUUGCCCAAAGAGCUGUUUUCACCAGUGCGCCGCCUCAUCCGAGACUCGAAGAUGCAUCCUAUCAGUCUGCACAAUGCUGGCCGGUUCUCCUCACACUCAUUCAUUCUAAUGUCGGGUGUCCUCCUGCACAUACAAUACUCAACUGUGGCAGUCUACCCGCUUGAGACCAUGUGGGUGGAAACAGUGCCGGCAGCAUCCAGUGUACAGGUAGUGGUUUUCAUCUGCCUCUCGGAAAAAAUGGAGCAUCCUGCAGGCAACUCUUAUCAGGCAGUGACUUCCUACAAGUUGCAGCGGCUUUCUGUAGAGAGUGAGCAAGUUACAGUGGUAGACUGCAGGGAAGUGAAUAAGCUGCAUUUGCCUCUUGUAGGGAACACAGUGAGCUCUCCUGAAUACGAGAGUUACCCUUACAUUAAGCUGCAAGGGCCUCCUGUAGGGGACACAAUGAUUUGCAGUGCCUUCCUGCAAGGGAUACAGGUACAUGCUAUGCCAGAGGAAACGCUAACGCUGACAUGCCCAUCUGGACCUGACAAGACACAAUGGCUGCGCUCCCUGCAGGAUGCUGUACGGGGGGCACUCCUGCCCCCCUCCCCCAUCCCCAGUGCUGAGGGCGGAGGUGAGGAAGGGGUCUCCCCUCUCCGCUCGCCCCCGCUCGUCAGGAACGCCACCUACACCUUCACCAAGACCGGACCCUUCAAGGAUGCCACAUACAGAGGCCAGUGGUUGUGCGGCAAGCCCCACGGAGUGGGUAGCCUGUCAUGGGCAUCAUCGGGCACUGUGUACGAGGGCCAUUUCCGCCAGGGGCUCUACCAUGGGGUUGGCGUCCUUCAUACACCACUGCAUCCGGUUGCUUCUUCCUGCUCUGCAUCAGUAUCUUCACAUUCUUCCUCUAUUUCUGCUUCCGCCACUUCUUCCUCGGGUUAUUCACCUUCAUACUUCACCAGUUCUGGUUCUUCAGGGUCUCACGCUUCUUAUCCUACUUCCAUGUCUUCCUCUUCCUCUUCCUCCUCAUCCUCUUCCUUUGUAGUGAUGCAGGAAGGAAUGUGGAUAAGUGGGAAGAUGGUUGGCCAGGCAGUCAUCAGGUAUGCCAAUGGAGAUGUAUAUGUAGGCCAAGUCAAGGAUGGACUACCCACAGGCCAUGGUGUUCGCAAAACAGGACACUUUGGGUCACAGGCAGCCUCUGUCUACACUGGAGAAUGGAGCCAGGGUGUGAGGGCAGGCUAUGGGGUCUUGGAUGACAUUGUCAGAGGUGAGAAAUACAUGGGCCUGUGGCAGGGAGACCUCCGGCAGGGGCCUGGUAUGGUUGUCACCAUGAAUGGCGUCUACUAUGAAGGCAGCUUCCAUUCCAACAAACUCACAGGUCCAGGCCUUGUGAUCUUGGAGGAUGGCACACAGUUUGAGGGUGAGGUGGGCCCUGGAGGUAGCUUUGCAGGGAAGGGGAUCCUGUCUUACCCUUCUGGGGAUGUUGUCGAGGGAUCCUUCAGCGGAAGCUUCCCUGGCCCAGUCAAGAUCAGUGGGGUCCUUCGCAGAGGGGGCAGUGGAGGAGGAGGGGGUUUGGGAGCUGGAGGAGAAGGGGGGUCAGGAAUGCCAAGAAAUUUAGGGAAACACAGUGUUCCAGCAGACAAAAAAUGGCAAGCAAUCAUUCGUCACUGUCAGGAACAGCUGGGGCUCAACACAGAUGUCAGUGUCACCAAGCUCUGGGAACGUCUCGCCAUUAAACUACAUGAGGAACAACAGAUAUUCCAAAAGCGAGAAGAAGGAGGUGGAGGAGGCUGUCAAGGUGACCUGUUAGAUGGACUGGACCACAUACCUGAUUAUCUACAAGAAGACAACCUCACCUUUGCAGUCUAUGACCAAGUUAGAAAAUACUUGGGUCAGGCAUUCCUGAGCCGCGUACAUCCCCUGGGACAGUUGCUGCAGGCUUUGGCUGAUGCAUUCAGGGCCAGCUAUGGUGGCGUGGCGGCACACCCGAGGCUGCUCUCAUAUGCGGUGCAGGAGAUCCAUUCGCUUACCCAGAGAGUCUAUCAGCUGGUGAAAGCGCUCUUCCCUAUUCUUCCAGCCGAGGGAGACAACAUUAUUCUGCAGAACGAGGAGAAUGAAGGCCAGGAAAUCAUGGUCACUCCGGCCACCCUGCUGCAGCCGUGGCUCCUGCCGCAGUUCUACUCCCCGCUCUCCAGCCUCUACGUCCUUGACAACCAGCCCAAAGAUGACGAGUAUUGGCGGCGUCUGCUGAGCUGGAACAAGCAGCCUGACGUCGGCCUCAUGACCUUCCUAGGCGUCGAUCCGAAGUUCUGGCUAGAGGAUGUCCCGGAGCGAGGGGAGGCCAGUCCCAGCGCUGAACCACAGCGCCCCUCGAGCCUGACCCUGGCGCCUUCACCAGCCAGGGAGGGCCACUUCAGCGAUGCCAUCGAGACCCUCCAGCUGCUCUCCACGGCAUUCUCUCCGAGGGACAAACUGGCCGUCAUCCAGAAGACUUUCGAGUGCAUAAAUGAGCGCGCUGUGGCACGUCUGGGGCGGAUGUUCCAGUGGACGAUGGACGACCUUUUCCCUGUGAUGCAGUUUGUGGUCGUGCGUUCCCGCAUCCAGCAUCUCGGGGCUGAGAUCCGCCUUGUUGAGGAUUUGCUUGAUGAUGGCGGUGGUGGCGCCGGCAGCUGGAGCCUGCUUGGGGAACUCGGCCUUAUGUUCACCACACUCAAGGCCUGCUAUUACCAAAUUCAGAAUGAGAAGGUGACAUACCUAGUCUGAGGAAGGGAAGAAGAUAAAAGGGAAUAGAAAGAAAAGAAAUACAAUAACAAGAAUAGAGGGAAGAAGAAUCGAGGAAGAAUAGGGAAAUAAAAUAUUGGAGAAGGAAAGAAUGCGAUUUUUAUUACAUUAAAAAUUAGAUAAUGGUUAUUUAAUAUUGAAAAAAUCGGAAAUAUUAAUUAGAUUGUUUAUAUAACAAUUCAAGAGUCUGAUCAAUAACUGAUUUUGAAAAAUAUGUUCAAAUUGGUCAAAGAAAUAAAUAACCAGAUAAAUGAACGGGCAGUUUAUAUAUAUUACAUCUACAACACUGAGUUGGUAAUAAAUCAAAAUGAAAUGUUAAAUGUGAUAAAACAGUUGGUUUAUUAAGUUUUAAUUAAAAGUAAUUCAUAUGUAUAAAAGGUAAUGUGUAUAAAAGAAUAAGAGGUAAUAAGCGUUUGAGUAAAAAGCUGAUUGUAUAUUUUAUCAAAAAGUAAAUAUUGUUGUUACUCCAGCUCUUAUAAUUAACUAGUAGUUGUAGUAGUAGAUUUUGUGUGAAUUAUAUUUGAUAAGUAAUAAAAUUGUGAUUUUUCAAA